GGCCCCGCCAUGUCGGUGAACAUGGAGGAGCUGCGGCACCAGGUGAUGAUCAACCAGUUCGUGCUGGCGGCCGGCUGCGCCGCCGACCAGGCCAAGCAGCUGCUGCAGGCGGCCCAUUGGCAGUUCGAGACCGCCCUGAGCGCCUUCUUCCAGGAGACCAACAUUCCCAACAGCCACCACCACCACCAGAUGAUGUGCACCCCAAGCAACACGCCGGCCACUCCGCCCAACUUCCCGGAUGCUCUCGCCAUGUUCUCCAAGCUGCGAACCUCCGAAAACCUCCAGAGCAGCAACAGCCCCAUCACCUCCAUGGCCUGCUCCCCCCCGGGCAGCUUCAGCCCCUUCUGGGCCUCCUCGCCCCCCAGCCAGCAGCCCUCCUGGCUGCCCCCCUCCUCACCCACAGCCCACGGCCUCCACCACCAUCUGCACCACCCGCAGCCCUCCUGGCCCCCCGCGCCCCCCCCCGCCGCCCCCCCACAGAAAGCCAUGGCCACAAUGGACGGCCAGAGAUAAGGGGGGGGGGAAACAGGGCCAGGGCGUUUGCAGCGGGGGGGGCUUCCUGAGAAACGCACUGGAAUCAUUUUCUAGGUUUUAUCCUUUGUUGGUUAUUUUGGGGUGGGGGGGGGGAGGGAGAAGGGGGGGGGGGGCGAUGGGGAGGUGGGGGGUGGGGGACGCUGCCGGGAAGGCCCACGCAAGUUGCUAGCUGGUCUUUUCUCCCCCUAUUUUUUUUUUUUUUUAAAUAUAUAACUAUAAUAUAUAAAUAUAUCUAAUGUAUAUAAAUGCAGAGAGAACCGAGCAGAGGGUGCAGCCCCCGGCAAUGCAAGCAAGGGAAUGGGGGUGGGGGGGGGGGGGGGGGAGAUGCAAUGCAAAGGGAUGGAGACAGCUGCCAGCAGCCAGUCCUACUGGGACAGCCCCCCACUGUGCCCCCCCCUUCUCCCCCCCUCCUCCCCCCAGCUUGGGGUGCCUGAGAGCAAAGCGCACCUCUGGCUUUUGGGAUCAGCCCAGCUUCUUGCACGGCCCCCCCUCUCCCCCAGCCCCGAUCCCAGCUGGGAAUGGGGUGCUGUGAUUUCAGAAGGUGAGGGGCUGUGAUAUAACGAGGUGAUGCCCCCCCCAUCCCCACAACCGCUGCUCAUGGGGCCCUUCCUGGUGGAGGCAGUGGGGAGAAGAAGGGGGGGGGGUUUGGGGGGGGGGUGAGAUUGAGGGGGGGGUGGUUUUUUUUUUAGUUUUCCAAUCAAAUCUUGCUUAAAAAAAGAAAAGGAAAAAAAAAGACAAAAAAAAAAACAAAAAGAAAAAAAAAAAACAACCAAGCGACAGAAACCAACAGAAAGCAGCUCAAAGGUUUUUUUUAUUAAUUUAAAAAGAAAAAAAAAAGAAUUAAACAAAAUAAUCAUCACUUUUUUAACA